GCAAAAAUGGAGGCCCAAAAUGAUUUAAUCCAUGGCCACUUCAAACCCUAACCCAACACGGCCAAUUUUCCGAAACCCUACAUCCACACUUUAUAAAUUACUUCAACCUCCGCUUGCAGUAACCUUUCUGCACCCGAGUCGCGACAGCCGUUGAGGAAAUGGGUAAAGGGACAGGAAGCUUUGGUAAGAGGAGGAAUAAGACGCACACCCUUUGUGUGCGAUGCGGUCGCCGGAGCUUUCAUUUGCAGAAGAGUCGUUGCGGCGCCUGUGCCUAUCCUGCCAGCCGCGUCAGAAAAUAUAACUGGAGUGUUAAGGCUAUUCGCAGAAAGACCACUGGCACUGGCCGAAUGAGGUAUCUGCGUCACGUUCCACGUAGGUUCAAGACUAACUUUAGAGAAGGUACACAAGCCACUCCAAGGAACAAGGGAGCUGCUGCAGCCUCCUCAUAAGCCUUACAAGGCAAUUCUAGUUUGUUUUGUUUUGCAUAUUUAUUAAUUUGCAAGCCAUCAGUUUUGGGUCACUGUUCAAUGGCCAUUCGUUUUUGUAUGCUGAAAGAUAAGAUUUUUAAACAUUGGAGAGUUGCAAACAUGUACUAUUAUAUAUUACAAUUUUCAGUGUUUCUUA